AUGUCGAGAACAAGACGAAUUGCGAGAGAGUUAGAAGAUGUCAAAUCAGAUGUAGCAUCAGGAAUCACAAUUACUCCAGUGAGUGAAAGUGAUAUCUCCCAUCUGAAGGGAACUUUCAAGGGUCCACCAGGAACUCCUUACGAGGGGGGUGAAUUUGUCAUUGACAUUAUUACCCCCAAUGAAUACCCAUUCAAACCCCCAAAGAUGAAAUUUGAUACUCGAGUAUACCAUCCUAAUAUUUCGUCACAGACUGGAGCUAUCUGCCUUGAUAUGUAA